AUGCUAUACAACGACCGCUCUGCUACCAGCCAAGACAACAAGAAUAUUAACGGCUCUGACGUCGAGCUCAACACAAUGGAAAAAAGACUUAGCCCAUCACUUUACGCUGUCGAAGCACAAUACGACCAUUAUGAUACGUCUUACGGCUAUAGCGUCGACGAACCAGUGAAAACAGCAGAAGAGCGUGCCUUGGUUCGAAAACUCGACUUUUACAUCAUGCCUAUUAUUUGUAUUCUCGACUUUUUGCAGUUUCUCGACAAAACCACCAUCAAUUAUGCAGCAUUGUUCAACUUCAAAGAAGAUCUCAACUUGACGGGCUUCCAAUAUAGCUUUCUUGGGUCGAUCUUUUAUUUAGGCUACUUGCUGUAUCAGCUACCCAACAACUUUUUUCUACAACGCUUCUCGGUGGGACGCUACAUUGGUGUGAUCGUGACCGUAUGGGGCAUCGUUCUUGCAUGCACAGCUCUCGGCGAAAACUUUUCCCAAGUUGCUGCCAUGCGAUUCUUGUUGGGCUUUUUUGAAGCUGGCACAUACCCUGCCCUUACCUUGUUGGUUAGCACAUGCUAUCGACGCUCCGAACAAGCUGCAAGACUUGGCGCCUUUUGGACAUGGUCAGGUGUCGCACUCAUCAUUGGUGGUCUUAUCUCUUAUGGUGUAGGCAAAAUGGAGAACGAUCUCGGCAUUGCAAAGUGGAAAUGGAUCAUGAUCAUUCUCGGAUGCGCCACCAUCUUUAUGGGCAUUGUCAGCUUCUUUUUCCUUGUUGACAACCCCAAAUCAAAAGCAUUACGCUUGAACGCAGAGCAAGAAAUCUUGGUUGAAGAGCGUACACGAGACAACUCGGUUGUGCGUACAACGACUAUCAAGAAACAUCAGAUCACAGAAGCCCUAUGUGAGGUACGCUUUUGGGCUCUUGGUUUUGCUUGUCUCUUUAUCAAUCUCCAAAACGGUGCUAUCACCAUCUACAAUGCUCAAAUCGUACAAGACUUUGGAUUCAAUCAAAUUGAAUCCGUAUUAUUGAGUGUGGGCUCUGGUGGUGCCGAUAUCAUCUUUAUCAUUAUCGCUGUGAUGGUAGCUAAGCGUACAGGCGAAACGCUUUUGACCGCAUGCGGUAUGAUGCUGAUUGAUUUGAUCGGCUUGAUCUUGCUUCAAGUGAUUCCUGUCAUGCGCGUUAAACUUGUUGGCUUUUACAUGGUUUGGUCCUAUUGUGCUGCUUACGUGCUUAUGAUCGCAAGUGUCUCGAACAAUAUUUCUGGCUACACGAAAAAGAUUUUCUACAAUGGCAGCCUCAUGAUCUUUUACACUAUUGGAAACUUUAUUGGACCAAUGUUGAUGUUUGAUUCCGAGAAGCCUGAUUAUCGCACUGGCAUGGUCGUCUACUGUGUUACGUCCUUUUUGGUUAUGUGCUUGUUUACUUUGACCCGAUUCAAGAUGGCAGCUGUUAAUCGCGUGCGUUUAGAGCGCCCAUCGGGCGUUGUGACCAAUGUCGAGGAUGAUUUAAGCGAUGUACAGGAUCCCAAUUUUAUAUACCGGCUUUAA